AUGGCAGAUCAUGAAGCUUCAAAGAUAAACCACGACAACCAUCUUCUACUAGACCAACCACUACUCCGUCUGCCAUACGAACUCCUCCGCAAGAACUUCCGAUCCGCCCACUUCACAGUCGAGAAAGAGUCGACAACCCUCAACAAACUCCUCAAGGACACAGCGAAAGGAUCGCUCGACAGCAAGACAUCGCCCGAAGAUGUCGUCAAGAACCUCGAUACCAUGAUCGCCAAGAUGCGCGGCAUGAAGCGCAAGCUGUCAACGUACGCCAACGAGGAAACACGGCUCUACAAGCAGCUUGACGCUCGUGUGGCGCAUCUGCGCGAGCUCUCCGACAUGCACUCCGUUGAGGACGUCAAGUACGAAGCUUGGUCCAGGAAACGCCUGGAUCGACUGCUGGUCGACUACAUGCUACGGCACGGAUACAAUACUUCUGCCCAGGCCCUAACAAACGAGCGCGAGAUGCACGACUUGGUAGACGUGGAAACAUUCCUGACGAUGAGUAAUAUCCGUGAAUCCCUCGAGAACGGCAGCGUCACGGAGGCGUUGGCGUGGUGUAACGAUAACAAGAAGGAACUUCGGAAGUUACAGUCCAACCUCGAGUUCCUCCUCCGCUGCCAACAAUACGUCGAGCUCUUGCGCGUCAAUACCCAGUCCAAGUCGGUCGAGGCCAUCGCCCACGCCAAGAAAUACCUCGCGCCCUUUCAAGAGCAAUACCCGGACGAAGUCCGCGAAAUGACGGGUUUGCUCGCCAUCCGACCCACCGACAACGACCUCCUCCCGCUCAAGUACCGCGCGUGGUACAGUCCCGACCGGUGGUCCAAGCUAGCCGCCACGUUUGUCGAAGCGCAUAACAAGCUCCUCGGCCUGCCGACGUUCCCCCUUUUACACACAGCCCUGUCCUCCGGCUUAUCAGCCCUCAAAACUCCCGCCUGCCACGGCACGCAAAAGACUACGUCUUCCUCGCAACCGGGCCAUAGCCAGACUAGCAUGACGACAAGUGUCUGUCCGAUCUGCUCGAUUGAGCUGAACGAGCUCGCUAAGAACGUGCCGUAUGCUCAUCAUAGUAAGAGCCAUCUGGAUAACGACCUGCUUUGCUUGCCGAACGGGCGCGUGUACGGGCAGGCGAAGCUGGAUGAGUACGCGGCCAAGGCGGGGCUGCCCGAUGGACAGGUCAAGGAUUUGGUUACGGGCGAGGUGUACUCGCGAGUGGCGUUGAAGAAGGUUUUUGCUUGA